CGCAAAAUUUCUUAAGUGAGGACCCAAAAUUUCGGUCGAAGCAGUAAAGAAGUAUUCACUGUGUGAGAUAUUCAGCUUCACCUUGACAUAUGCUUGCUAGGACUUGACUGUCACUAUCCUUCACUUCCUCGAAUACCGCAGAUUUACUUGGACCACCCGGACCAUUUGUUCGUGUGUCCUCGUGCCAGAAUCAUCCUCCGCAAUACUUCCGCGCACCGUACAGAUCUGAAUCAAGAUGUCGGCAGAAGAAGCCGUGACCGAGGGGCUUCAGACACCCCUCGAUCAGAACGCUCAAGCAGCCGCAGAUGCAGAAAAGAUGCUAGCUGAGCUGCAAGGCGAGACGACCGCAGACGAGCCGGUGAAAGAAACGAAUGGCGCGGACAAGCCAACAGAGGAAGCUGCCGAGAAGGACGCUUCUGAAGAGAAGGAAGAUAGAAGUGAACGACGAAACGACCGCUUCGACCGCGGUGGUAGAGAGCGAGGCAGAGGUGGUCGAAAUGGCCUCGGAAACCGCAACUACCGUGACAACAUCAAGUCAGACCUGACGUCGCAGGAGAUUAGCAGUGAUCCUGUGGCUAUCCGCAAGCAGGUUGAAUUCUACUUUUCCGAUUCCAACCUCCCACACGACAAAUUCCUACUUGAGUCAGUCGCUGGAAGCGAGAACAAAUCCGUCCCGAUUGAGACCAUCCACAAAUUCAAGCGUAUGCGUCACUUCCAGCCCUUCGAAGCCAUUGUAGAAGCAUUGCGAGAAUCGGACUUCCUCGACUUGACCGAAGAUGAUACAUGCAUCCGCCGAAAGGAACCUCUCCCAGAAAACCUCAACGACGGUCCAGAUCCAGAUGCGAUCAGAGUAUUCGAGGACCGCGCCAUGCCCCGCAGCGUCUACGUCAAAGGAUUUGGCGAGGAGGUUCCCAGCACUCAAUUCGAUAUUGAAGCUUUCUUUGCUCCAUACGGUCCUACCAACGCUGUGCGCCUGCGACGAACGGAUCAGAAGCUGUUCAAAAGCAGUGUUUUUGUUGAAUUCGAGACCGAGGAAUUGGCCAAUGCAUUCCUGGCAUUGGACCCCAAACCAAAGUACAAGGGCAAUGACUUGCAGAUCAUGAGCAAGAAGGAAUACUGCGAAAAGAAAGUUGACGACAUCAAGGCAGGCAAGGUCCGCCCAAACAAUAGACGAGGAGAGGGAAGAAGAGACGACAGAGGCGGCCGUGAUGGUCGAGAUGGCAAGCGCAAGCGUGAUGGAGGUGACAACCGCGACUGGAGAACACGAAGAGAAGAGGAUCAGAAACGUGGUUUCAGAGACGAUAACAAGCGAGGUCAUCGGGAUCGUGACUCUCGUGGUGGACGGGGCGGCAGAUUCAGAGAACCCGAGACAGACGAGAAGGGCAUUCCGAAAGUCAAGUCUUCAGCAAGAGAUUCUGGACGUGAUGACGCUCUGGCAAAGGCUAGGGCGGCAGUUGAAGCUGAGAACAAGAAAGACGAGCAGGAUGCCGCAGACAAUGUGGAGUCAUCAGAGCAAGAUGCAACAGCCGAUGCCACGACUGGUACUGCGAACGCCGUUACUGAAAGUCUGGAGGCCGAUGUUGAAGCAACUACAGGCAAGAAGCGAGCUCGAGAGGACGAUGAUGGCGAGGCCGAACGAGAGAUCAAGAAAGUGGAUACCAAGUCUGAAGUCAACGGAUCUUGACAACAUUCUUGAUGGUAUUCCGGUCGUUUUGGACGAGCGGCUCGAGUUAUUCUUUGAGCGACCAGACCUUGCUAUUUCUAAGCCCAUCGUUGGGCAUCUGAGGCCUUUGAACUCGGCGUUUGAUUGCAUGGGGCUCAUGGUGAGGCUGAUCCUGAGGCAUAUCAAGAUCAUAGGGACAUGACAUUAAUGCACAUUGAAAAUCAGCAUCGCACAACGAGUUUGUUGUUUGUUGUUGACAUGGUGAAGAUGUAUUAUCUCCGCCCAUCACUUCGUCCUCAUUUAGAUGCAUCUGUAUGUCGUGUUUGCCAAUCCACAACAAACAAUGCUUCACUCUG